GUUAGAUACUUAUCGUUAGAUGUUAGGCUCACUUAGGCAGUCAGUCAGCUGUGUUGAAUUUGUUGUCAGCUUCUUUCAGUUUUACCUGAUAACGUAAAUUUGAUUCUCGUACUUUUGAUACGACUACGAGUAUCCUUUCAGUAAUAACCCCAUAGUUUAUAGAUUGUGAAAUUAUCGCACCAGAACUUUUGGGAUACUUCGAACCAUAGAAAUCCGGGUAGUCGUGCUUUUGGCAUACAGUCCAUGCUACGCUCCAUUAUGCGAGCCAUUCGAGUGCAUAAGUUCGGGGGCCCGGAAGUGCUCCAGGUGGAGACGGCUCAGAUCCCCCGACCGGAAGCGAACGAAGUAUUGGUGAAAGUUAAAGCAGCUGGUGUAAAUCCCGUUGAUACAUACGUUCGCCAAGGAUCGUAUGGUCCAAAAGAAUUUCCAUACAUACCGGGAGCAGAUGCUGCAGGAGUUGUUGAAGCUGUUGGAAACGGCGUCACGAACGUACAGGUUGGAGAUCGGGUCUUUUGCAACGGAGCGAGUGGAUCAUAUUGCGAAUUUAUAGUUGCCAAAGCGGUAAAAGUGUUUCGCCUUCCGGAGCGCUUGUCAUUCAGCCAAGGCGCUGCAUUGCCGGUGCCGUAUUUUACCGCUCUGCGAGCACUGACUUACAAGGCCCAUGCCCAGCCAGGUGAAACCGUUCUGGUUCAUGGUGCAUCCGGCGGAGUAGGAAUUGCCGCGUGCCAGAUUGCAUCGGGCUUGAAAAUGCACGUGGUUGGAACGGCCAGUACGGACGAAGGAGCGAAACUUGUCAAAGAUAAUGGCGCGUCUGCUGUCCUCAAUCACAAGGAUCCAAAUCAUGCUGAGAAUCUGAAGAAAGCGACCAAUGGUAAAGGAUUCGAUGUCAUUCUGGAAAUGCUGGCCAAUGUGAAUCUUGCCACGGAUAUGGAUAUUGUGGCCGAACGUGGACGAAUUGUUGUGAUUGGCAGUCGGGGAAAAAUUGAAAUUGACCCUCGUGCCAUUAUGCAAAAAGAAUCGCUCUGCACGGCUGUGGCGUUAAUGAAAUCAACGGACCAGGAAUGGCAAGAGAUGGGAGCCACCGUUUUGCAGGGAAUAGAGGCUGGCUGGAUUAAUCCCAUUGUGGACGAAGAAUAUCCUUUAGAUAAAGCCGGUGAAGCUCACAAAGCGGUAAUCGACCAUGGUUCCGGUUCCAAGGGCAAAAUUGUGAUUGUUAUAUAGCCUGUAAAUAUUUAUGGUCAUUAUUCAGUGGGGACUUGUGGGGUUAAUGAAGAAAUUCGCUUCUAUUUUUUUAGUGAUUAGUACGAGUAUUGAAUAGUAUUAGGAACAUUGCGCCGCGUACUUGGAAUACUUCUUUUCAUUUGACGUUACCAUUUGAAAGUUGUGGCUAUUUUGCGCUGAGCUCUAAAAGCAUGACAUAACGUUUUUGCUCAUAUUUCACAUUCAGUCUUAAUUAUAAACGCUUUGCAUAUGGUUAA